CGGUCCACCCUAACGAGAGCACUCAGGUCUGAGACGCGAACCGGGAUAGACGUAUCAGUGUGUGAAGUGAUAGCUCGAUCUUACUUUGACAAGAAUACUAUUUCGUGCAACCAACGACAUCUACCGGCAGACAGCAUGAUCAACUUAGUUUCGCUACUCGUCGCCGCGGCGCUGGUGUCGCUGCAAUGCGGGUUCGAAGCCCACGCACAGAUAGAGGGGAAGAAUGACUUAGAUAACAACUUACAGCCCAAUGUAGCACCACCACCAAAACGCCGCAUCCUCCGUCCCUUCGUGAACAUAUCGGACCCGCCUCCGAAGUCGGUGAGGGUGGCGCCUGGCACUCGGACGGAGCUGGUCUGCGAGGUGAUAGGGAAACCGGCGCCUCAUGCGCAGUGGCUGAAGAAUGGGCAGCCUUUGGGAGAUUACGAUGAAGUGAAUGAGAUCUUCAGCAUCCACCCUUCGAGCCUGGCCAGGAUGACCACCAAAGUGGUGGUGUCCUCAGCAGCCAAUGGAGACGAGUAUACCUGCGUCGCCACUGCUGGUCUGAAGCAGCAGAUGGCUACCUCUACUGUGUAUACUGUUGAUGAUGAUGAAGCCAACAUCUUUACCUUAGAAGCUCUCUUCCGCAAGCCCACCAAGCCGGUCAUCACGGAGUAUUACAACGAGAUCUUCCAGGACAUCGGCAGCAGUGCUGUAUUACCCUGCCGGUACUACAGCGGCAGCAAGGCUCAGGUCUACUGGCUGGACAGCAGGGACGAGCUGAUCUAUGGCAACUCGAGGAUCCGGGUGCUCCCAACCGGCGAUCUUCUGGUCACCAACAUCAGGUGGGAGGACAUGGGCAACUACACUUGUACCGUCAAAAACAAGCACGGGAAAGACACGGUGGCGACCUUCCUUUAUCCUGCUAAGAAACAAUAAGCGCCUAAAUAACGUCUACUACGAAGUUACCCGCCGAUGUGACAAUUGAUGUUCCUAUACUUAAGAGUACCUUAACUUAACCACAACUUAAAUUAUUGUUAGGCUUAAGUUGUUCACCGUUGAAUUAUAUUGUAGCUGCAAAAGUACUAUACGUUGUUCUUACAACAGAACAAGAAAAAAAUUCCUAAACACACUGGUAUGUCAAAAUCUAUUAUAAAAAACCUUGCAUUUUACUAAACAGAAAUCAAAUUGUACAGUUUGUCAAUAAUGUAUUUUAGAAACAAUUUUGUAUCAA